AUGUUCAAAAAAGACCUCCCCGUGGCGCCCAAGCAAAAGCUCAAGUCCUCCGUCCAGCGCUCGCUCCGCAACGCCCUCCUCGCGACGUACCCCCUCCUGACGCCCUACAUCGACGAGAUCCUGCCCAAGAAGGCCUCCCUCGAGAGCAUGAAGCUGCCCGACCGCAACACGCUCUACGUGCUGGACUCGGUCCCGCUGUUUUACCAGCAGGACGGCGCCGAGCUGCUGCCCCAUCUGAAGCUCGUGCACCGCUUCCCGCAGGCGUUCCCCAGCAUCCGCAUCGACCGCGGGGCCAUCCGCUUCGUGCUCUCGGGGGCGACGCUCAUGGCGCCUGGCUUGACGUCCAAGGGCGGGAGGCUGCCUGUGGACGGCGGGAAGCCGCUGGAGGAGGGCAAGGAGAUGGAGCAGGGGAUUGUCGAGGAUGGCAGGUGGAGCAGGGAGCUGGAGAAGGGGGAGCCGGUGGUGAUUAUGGCUGAGGGCAAGGAGGAGGCUUGUGCGGUGGGGACGUUGGUCAUGGGGACGAAGGAGGUUAAGGAGAAGGGUAAGGGACCCGUGGUGGAGGAUGCGCAUUACUUGGGUGAUGGGCUGUGGUAUUUGAAUGCGUGA